AGUGCUUAGUAUUAUGUAGUUAGUAUACAUUCCUCCUUUAUUUCCAUCUUUGCAAAAUAUAUUUUCCUAAUGGAAGCCAUCUACCAAGCAUUUGAUCUUUCGCCUCUAACCAAAGAGGAAUCGUCGUUGCUCGAACACGCAGCAAAAUUGGAGCAAGUAAGAGAAAUGCUGAUGAAAACAGAGCAAGAUUCGUUGCAAAGCCUAGAGCUCGUCGACACAAUCCAACGCCUCGGCCUCUGUCAUCACUUCAAAGACGAGAUUGAAUCCAUUCUCCAUCAACAAUACUUGGCCCACACCUCCAAUGACGGCCUUCUAGAGGCUUCACUCCGCUUCCGUCUGCUUAGGCAGCACGGAUGCAGAGUCAUUGCAGAUGACUUUUUCGGACACUUUCUGCGGAGUGGGGAACUGAGGCUGGAAGAUGGUCUGGUCGGUGGAGUGACGAGGGGUUUGGUGGCGAUGCACGAGGCGUCUCAUUUGAACACCGGAGGGGAGGAGAUUCUGAGCGAGGCUGCGGAGUUUAGCUCGUUGUGGCUAAAUGCGUACAGGGCCGCGAUCUGCCUCGACGACGAACUAGAGAGAGUGGUGAAUUUUGGAUUGAGUUUUCCACAGCACAAGAUUGUGGCUGGUUUCACUGCAAAGAGCUAUCUUCAGUUUGUGGGUGAUGAUAAUCAUGUCUUGAGAGAGCUUGCAGAGUUCGAAUUCGCAUACACCGAGUCCCUCCACAAACACGAAAUCCUUCGAGUUGUAGAGUGGUGGAAGAGGCUGGGGCUGAGUGAGGAGCUGAAGUCGUCGAGGAAUCAGCCGUUAAAAUGGCACGUGUGGUCGAUGGCGAUCCUGAGGAAUCCAAUGUUGUCGAAACAUAGAAUCAUGCUAACGAAGCCGAUAUCUCUUGUCUACGUUGUGGACGAUAUAUUUGAUCUUUAUGGCACUAUUGACGAGCUCACUCUAUUCACCCACACUGUUAAAAGAUGGGAUGUUUGUGAUGAAUUACCAAGUUAUAUGAAAACAUGCUUGAAUGCCAUUUACGAGACUACGGACGAAAUCAGCAGCCUCGUCUAUCGAGAGCAUGGAUGGAAUCCUAGCCACUUUCUCAAAAGAGAGUGGGGGAGUUUGAUGGAUGCAUUUCUUGUGGAGGGAAAAUGGCUUAGAAAUGGUGAAGUGGUGAAGGCUGAGGAAUAUCUCAAGAAUGGAGUGAUAAGCUCAGGAGUACCUAUGGUGCUAUCUCAUCUCUUCUUACUAAUGGGAAACCCUCUCUCUCACCAAACUCAAACUCUUCUCACUGAUCCCAAUGGACUCACACAUUCCGUCGCCAAACUCCUCAGGCUUCUCGACGACUUGGGCUCCGCCAAGGACGAGGAGCAAAUAGGGUUCGACGGAUCCUACAUAGAUUUCUACAUGAAAGAAGGGAAAGCAAAAUCGAGGGAAGAGGCGCGAGAGGAGGUGAUGAACAUGGUUUCAGAGACAUGGGAAAACAUAAACAAGCAUGGCUUCUCUUCAACGAGUUCAUUUUCUGCGGGUUUUAGACGGGCUUGUCUCAAUGCAGCGCGUAUGGUUCCGACCAUGUAUACCUAUGACGAAGAUCAUCGUCUUCCUCUUCUUCAACAUCAUCUUCAGACCAUGUUUGCCGAUCCCGCCUUCGCUAAAGCACUCCUAUCUUAAAUUAUAGCUUUGUUAAUUAGUUCGCCACACAUUACUUAUGUGGCUGAAAUCACAACUUGUGAAAUAUCUAUAACUGCACUACUUUUUCCAUUA